CGCAGCGAGAAAGCGAGCUCCAUUCACGAAAAAGCUUUUCCUCCUCCUCGAAGAAAAAGAACGCGCUCACACGCACGCAAGCGAAGGAGCCGGAGGAGAGGAGGCGCACCCCACCACCGCGCCCUCCUCCUCGCGGCACGGCGGGGAAGGAAGCCGCGAGCAAGCAGGCAGGCCUAGUCGAUGCCAAGGCCCCGGCACUCACGCAGCAGCUCAAUGAAGUCGCAGGAGGAGCCACCACGGCCGCUAUGAGACUGCUGCCGCUGACGGACCGGGAUCAGGCCGAAGCGCUGGGCUCGUCGAGGCCCCCGACGGCUACCGCCGCCACGCUGGUCCUGCUGGUCGCGCUGCUCGCUGCGCCGCCCGCGCUGAGCAGUGGGGCCCGCGUCGAGAGACUCUUCUACCAGAGCGGGAGCUCGGAGUCGGAGCUUCCAGAGUGCGGUCCGCGCGCCGUGUGCAACCGCGUGGACACGUACGGCACCCCGUGGGUGGAGCGCCAGUGCCGCUGCCCGGGAGGCCAGAGCUGCCCGCGCAGCCUCGACGCCCACGACGGCCACACGGUGCGCGACAAGUGGCGCCUGCUCAAGCUGUGCGAGCCCGUGGACGACCUGCCCCGUUGCCGGUACUUCAGGGACGCCGCCUGGACCGUGCAGGCGUCUCCGUCGAACGGCACAAUGCAGCAGACGGUGCACUGUCUGUGCCCACGUGGCUCGGUGGCCUACAUCUUCAAGCACCGGCAGCCGCAGCUGAAAGGGUCCAACCCACUGGCGACGCCAUCCGUGCUACGCUACGCCUUUGCCUGCUCACCACUCAGCAGGCUGCGCUGCCAGCGGAAGGAGCCUUGCCGCCUGUUCACGGUGCGCAAGAGGCCCGACGUGGAGGAGGUCAACGCCAGCACGCUCUGCCAAUGUCCCCGGGGAUGGCACUGCCCCGGCAAGCACACGGAGGCCGUGCCUGGACCCCGGUACGACCGGGUCCGGACGUACUCGGCCUACUGCACCGCGCCCGACCACUGAUCGCGAUGUAGCGGGGCGCAAGACCCCGGCGCCCCCACAGGUUGCAGAAGAGCUUUCACCCGUGUGUCGAGGCGGCACGACGGUCUACCGCUGCCACUGAUGAAAGACCUCUACGGGAGUACCGUGGACAUGCCGUGCACGGUGCUUGUACGGCCGCCGGGACAGAUCUUCGAGAAUCGUGUUUAGCAACGGACGCCGGUCUUCCGAACCUUUUCUCGUCCCGGUGACCCGGCUUAAACAAGCUCGCUACGACACGAAACCGACGCCGUUCAAGAGCAACAACGACAACGCACUGAUCCUCGUGGCCCAAUACGUUCGGUCCAAUACGAAACGCUCAACAAAGGAGUGAAAUGAACGAUCAAAAGAAAGCAGCACUUUGCCUAUCGGAAUUUGCCAGUGGAAAUGCACUCAGAGUGAGCACACCAAAAGCUUCUCCAAAAGCUCCAAAAGGCAUACACGAGCCAGCCGAGGAAUAAAAAAAGACCAGGGUGCAUCACGAAGCACAGUAGACAUAGCCAAGAGAAGACUAUUGGAUCGCCAUGUAACGAAGGGAGAUGUGCAAGCGAAACCGCAGAACCGGUGACGAAUCACAAGAAGAAAAUAAAAGAAAGAAAAGAAGGAAAGUGCCCCGAUCGUGCAGCGAUGACUAACGCCCACAGCCAGCGCAUCCGCGAAUGCUGGAAAGCAGCGGCCCAGAAGAAGUCAGUGCUCCUCAUUUCGCGCACGAAGCAGAAAGGAGCCGGGGCCUCUCUGCCCCGAGGCUUGCCGAAGCAAGUUGCAGCCUCCGUCUGGUAGCAAUUCUCGUCCGAAGAAGGCAAGCGUAAAUUAGCGGGAGAGAAGUGCGAGCGGCGCACACAGUGAGCCGUAGGCUUGGCAGGGAGGGUCGACCAAGGAAGGAAGGGGGCCUCCGAAGUCAUUCGUCGCGGUGGGUCGCCUGGCACAUGAACGUCCCAUCGGCGCCACACUGACUCAGAUGGCCGAAGGCCUGGGCGUGGCACGUCUUCCCUCCGAGAAACAGCGGGAACGCUUUGCCUGCCAACGCGGAAGUCGACUCAUGGCCGAAACAGGACACCGCAACCUUCGAGCCGAGCAACAUUGGCAGCGUCCGCGAUACAGCGCAUAAGAUGAUGCCAGAUCUAGCGGGAGUGCGGGCUGGCCGUGCUGUUCGCAUCGUGGUAUAACGACGAACAUAAAUUACUUUCACCUGUGACAAUUUGCGAACUUCUCCGCCUCCGAAGAGGAACGUCCCGAGAGAGUCAUCGGCCUGCAGCAGAUGUUGCCGCAAGUGUACACAAAAUGACCACAGAAGCUGGUUGAAAGAGAUCAUUGGCAUUAUUCGGUAUAGCACAACUAGUAAUCGGCACAGACAAUUGGAGACUAAGGUGGAAUGUCGUCGGCUGUGCAUACGGGUCGAGCAGAGGAGCAGCGGAACGUCGGCGACAGUUUCGGACGAAGCAGGGUGUUCGUAGUGUGUACUAGUGAGGACCUGAACUGUGGCGACGACGCCGACGAAAUGCAAUGUCGCUGACCGAGAGACCUGCCCUGGCACCGACACUGGUAUACAGCAAUGGAGGCACGCACGAAACAGGGCUCUCGGAGCGUUCUACGAAAAAGGCCACCGGUGCGACUCUCUCAGGCCUUACUGGUGCUGCAUGCAAAAAGCGUGGACCGGUGUUGCAGGGGACUUUUGCAAGUACGGACCACAGAAAACAGCUCGUGAUCGAACUCGAAACGUUGGAUUCAUAAACAAGCACGAAUCCAUGCGCUCUGCCAGUGUGCACGUGCGCGUCGGUGCUGAACGCAUCUUGUCUCGCGCUUGCAGCGGCGACAGUUCGACAGCAGGGGAAUUUUGCCGUUGUGUGAUGUGUGCGUGAACGUGUGAAUGGGUGUGCGUACAGCAAGUACAGGACCGCUAGCUACCGCGUCGGGAUCAACCGCAUGCAACGUUCCGGUGGGACUUACGCCGCCUCAGCCACAAAGGCCGGCACCAACUCGCGCGUCAUUUUUUUUUCUUCCUUUUUCUGUAGAUAGGCUUUCCUUCUCCACGGAGACAGAAAGAAAACGAGAGUAAGUGUUGCCCGUUUUUACUUGUACAGAUGUAAAUAAGCCAGAAGGUUGUUAUCAAUAAAUAUAAUUAAUGAAAUCAUUACGAAA